AUGCACCUCCAAGCAUACCUCUCCUCGUCAGCCCUGCUCCUAGGCGCGGUGGCUGCGUACAAGAACUUCGUACCAUAUGGCGCCACCCCGAGGAUUGUCCAAGAGCCAAGCCUCUACGAUAGUGACAUCAAGUUCCAAGCGAUCAACGGCCACAGGCAUGACGCAAGACAGUCGAGGCCGAACCCACGCUUCCUAAAUGCCAACACGACUAGAUUUGCCGUCAAUGGCACCGGCAUCCCAGAUGUCACCUUUGAUGCUGGCGAGUCGUACGCGGGGCUCCUGCCAAUAUCGCAAAACCCUGCGGAUCCCAAUGGCCUCUUCUUCUGGUUUUUCCCGUCCACGAACCCGACGCCCGAGAAGGAGAUUGUGAUCUGGCUGAACGGAGGCCCCGGCUGCUCAUCUCUGAUGGGACUGAUGCAGGAGAAUGGGCCCAUCUUCUGGCAGAAGGGCACAUUCAGGCCCGUGUCUAACCCGUGGUCGUGGACGAACUUGACCAACGUCGUUUGGAUCGAGCAGCCCGUAGGCACCGGCUACAGCACUGGCAUACCGAGCGUCACCAACGAAAAGGAUGUUGCUUCGCAGUUUCUUGGGUUCUGGCGCAACUUUAUCAACACCUUUUCGAUGCAGGGUUACAAGGUGUAUAUCACGGGCGAGUCUUAUGCCGGCAUGUACUGCCCAUACAUUGCCGACGCCAUGCUCAACGCCAACGACAAGACGUACUACAACAUGUCCGGCCUGAUGAUCUACGACCCCUCAAUCGCCAGGGAAGGCCUCCAGCAGGACAUCACCGUAAUGGGGCUUGUGAAAGCCUGGCCGGGUGUCUUCCCGUUCAAUGAUACGUUCUCGAACGAAUUGCGCGGCCGGGAUAUCCACUGUGGCUUCACCGAGUAUAUGAACAAGGGCCUCAGCUACCCGCCAGCAGGCCCUCUGCCUGUUAAGCUCCCUGGAGAGGGCGAUGAGCAGUGCGAGUCCAUGUUCAACACCGUGUUUUCGGCCGCCAGCGACAUCAACGCCUGCUUCAACAUUUACCAAGUCUCUGCGACCUGCCCGAUCCUGUGGGAUAUAAUUGGCUUCCCUACAUCCUUUCCCUAUGUACCAGCCGGGACGACCUUCUACUUUGACCGCGCAGACGUGAAGCGGGCGCUCCACGCCCCCGCCAACUCUCGCUGGAGGCCCUGCUCGGAGCGGCGCGUCUUCGUCAACGGCACCGACAACUCGGAGCCCUCGGCCCUGACGGUGCUGCCGGGCGUCAUCGACCGGACGCAAAACGUCAUCAUCGGCCACGGCGCCCUCGACAUGAUCCUGAUCGCCAACGGCACCCUGCUCGCGAUCCAGAACAUGACGUGGGGCGGCAAGCUCGGGUUCCAGAACCGGCCCGCCAACCCCUUCUUCGUGCCCUACCACCGCGAGGUCGGCGUCGAGUCGUACUCGGCCUCGGGCGUGCUGGGCGUCACGCACAAGGAGAGGGGGCUGACGUACGUCGGCAUCGAGAUGGCCGGUCACAUGGUGCCGCAGUUCCAGCCGGCCGCGGCCUUUAGGCACCUCGAGGUCCUGCUCGGCCGCGUGCCCGACCUGAGCUCCACGGCGCCCUUCACGACGCCGGGCCAGCGCGAGGUGCGCCAGCCCGAGCAGGGCGAUCUUGGCGGUCCGCCAAAGGGCGCGGUCGGCUCGGCGCCGGCGUGCGGUGCUGGCGGCAACGACACGAGGGGUGGUGGGGGAGGUGGUGGGGACAGGGGCGGCGGUGGGGAGGGACAGGGCUCGGGAAACUCGUCUGCCGCGGCCACGGUGGCGGUUUCGCUGUUCUCGGUGCUGUUUGGCUGUCUUGCCCUCUUCCUAUAA